CAGAUUGCCUCCUACGCUGGUGCAAUUAUGAUGCUCCAAUACCGCUCUCACCUGUUUACGAUCCUAAUCUGUGGACGGUUCGCACGGUUCAUACGCUGGGAUAGAACUGGGGCCAUUGUCAGCCGGCGUUUCGACUACACUAAGCGUCCUGAUCUCGUCUUCGAUUUCUAUAAACGAUUUUCCCAGUUAUCACCGAGCCAACGGGGGAACGACACUAACGUCUCUCCCAUCCCAGAUGACGACGACGACGCCAUUGCUGCUUGA